AUGAGGUGUUAUAUAAUACUUUCAAUAAUCUUAUUAUCUUCUUUAAUUAUUAAAGAGGGUUAUGGGCAACUUGUUCAGUCAGAUUAUGAAUGUCUUUUAAACGUGUAUACUAAACUUGGUUUUGAGGAUAUAGAAAGUUAUCCAAUUGGAGGUGAUGGAAACAGAGAGUUUUGUAAAGGUGACGAUUUUUUUAUAUAUUGCAAAGAUAACUAUGUCAACUACCUUUUCACUCCUCAAAAUACUAGUGAUGUGGUGGUUCCGAAUGAUUAUAACUGUUUUUCAAAAUUAGAACAUUUGAGAAUAUAUGGAGGUGUAUUAGAAAAAGAUUUUAUUUACAAAUUAAAACCCUUGAAAUCAUUAGAAAUUGAUUCAUGUUAUAAUAUGCAAAAUAUAUCAUAUCCAAUUGUGGGGAUCGAUGAAUUUUAUCUUAAUACAUCUUUUAUAGAUUUUAAAACUGAUAUAAAAUUUUCAAACCUUAAUAAUUAUUUUGUUGUAUUUAUUGACCCGGUCGCAGCAACAAUAGAUAUUAGUUUGGUGAAUGAUCUCACUUCACCAAAACAGUUCGAUUCACUUAGCACAGUAACAAGUAAUAUUCCAUCACUUACAAAUGUUAUUAUCAAUAAUUUAUGGUUAUCGUUAAGACAAGCCACAUUUAUCCAGGAAUCAUGGGAACAGUUAAAAACUUUUAGAGACCUACAAAAUUUUUAUAUAGAAAAUGAUUUUCCUAUAGAUUUUCCAAUCGAAUUAUUUAAUGUUUCAGGCUCUAGUUUGAAUUAUUUGUGUUUGGUUUCAAAUUUAAAAAAACCAUCAUCAUAUAUUAAUUUGCAGUUAUAUUCUAAUUUUAUUGAGGAAAUUGAAAUAGCAAAUGCUGGCAAUAACUUUAACAUAAAUGGUGAUGUCCCUUUUUCCUCUUUAGGAGGUUUGAGACAUUUAACUCUGGAUGGUGGUAAUUUCGAUAAAUUGACUUCUUUUUUUAUAUUUUCAGAUUUACAAACACUUUAUCUAAUAAACUCAAACUUGAACAGAUCUCCCCCAACAAUAAAAAGGAACAAUUUCGAAAAUUUAAAUUUAACUGGUAAUAAAUUAACAGGUCCUCUUGAUGAAAGUUAUUGCACAUUUAACAAUAAAAUUAGAUCUGUCUUUGAUUUAACAAAUAAUUUAUUAACAGCUCCAGCACCAGGAUGUUUUCUUUGUUACCCUAGUACUUUUGGUAAAUCUUUCGACGCCUAUAUGUAUCUAAAUGCACCAGCAUGUGAAAUAACAGGAAAUGUUUAUUUGGAUAAAGCUAGAAAUAAGAUAAUUUUACAAGGCAAAAAUUUAGGUUUUUCAGACCUGCUGGAUCUUAAAUUUUAUAAAUGGGACCUGGUGGUACCUUCAUUCCGUUUAGAAAUUUCAACUUUUCUUUACACUAAAAUCCCAAAUUCAUUUAACUUUACUUUCGAAAACUCUGCUAUUCCAAAAAAAGUUAUCUCAUUUCCAUAUCUAGCAGCUGUAUCACCACCACCAUGUUACCGUAAUUGCACCGAUAAAGAAUUUUGUAAUUUGAAAACAGCUAGAUGCUUCUGCAUAUCUGGUUGGACAGGUGAGGAUUGUGAAAUUCCUGAUCAUUAUGCUUCAGCUACAUCAAUAGUUGAUGAGUCUGGUGGAAAAGUAAUAAUAUAUGGAGUAUUUGGUACAGUUCAUAAAGAACUUUCAGUAUAUUUUGGAGCUUUAAAUUGCAAUGUCACCUCGAUCACAAACAAUACAAUUGAGUGUAAUAUUGGACCCGGAACAGGAACGAAAUCAAUCUAUAUAAACCAAAAUAACAUUAAUUGGGUUGGCAAAGAUCUAUUCACUUAUAUUAAAAAAGUAAAACAAUGUUUAAAUAACUGUGGAUCUCAUGGUAGAUGUAUCGAAUCAACAGGUCAAUGCAAAUGUGAAAGCGGCUGGACUGGUUUAGAUUGCCAAUCAAAAGAAACACCAGGAUCAAGCACAACAGUAGAUAAUAAUGGUACAACCAUUAUAAACAAUGAACAUACUAGCUAUCAAAUUAUGAUUAUAAAGCUUUUAGAAUUGGAUAUUAAAGGUACCGUUUUAGGGGAAUAUGAUUUAUUUGACAAAUGGGUACUUGAAAAAUCAAAUGGUUCAUUUAGCAGAUUUACACAAACAAUAGAGCAAUCACCAUAUAAUUGUACACUUGCUUAUACAAUAGAGGAAGUUAAAGAGGAGUCUGGAAAAGAAUAUGAUUUUGCAGACUACAAGUUCACUUUAGAAAAAGGCUCAAUUAAAAUUUCAGCAUCAAUCAGCAACUAUCAAUAUAUCUCGUCCUUAUCUACUCUUCAACUUCAUUUUGAAUCAUCAGUAACUAGUUUAUCCCAAAAAGAUGAUUGUAAUUAUAAUGGAGAGACCAAUUUAGAAAAUAAAAACAAUGAUGAACUAAAUUUUAUCACCAUAAAGAAAGAUGAAAAAUUAUUAUAUGGUCGUUUCCUUAAUAGAGCUCUUAGCGAUGGUAGAUCAACAAGUAUUACAUCCACCCAAAUUCCAUCAAACUCAACAGAUUCUAUCAUAAUUGGCCUAAAUCUUCCACACUGUACAGAGUGUGUUAUUGACCCAGAUUUUUCUGUACUUAUUACAUCAGAUUUUAAAACUUGUUCAAAAGAUUCAAAUACUUCAAAUUCAAAACCCAAAUAUUUAAUACCAGUUGUAGUUGUGUGUUCAAUAGUUGGUGUCGCUUUAAUUGUAUCUCUCUCAUAUCUUGUAUAUCGUAAAAAAUUUGUUGAAAAUCAAUUAUCAAAGAAAAUUAAAUCAAUAGAAAUGAGAUAG